AUCACAGCUCCCACAAUGCAUCAGCAGAACAGCCCACUGCACACUACAGUUCUCCAAAUCCUCCAAGCCAACAGCCGCCUGAUCCGUACGUACCACAGUUUCUAUUAGCUUUUAUUUAUUUACUGGUUGAAGUGAUCGAUUGCAGGGUUGGGUUUAAAUAAAUAAAUUUCCUGAUUCAAUUACAUCUUGGUUUGAAUGAUCCGACAUUUUAAAGUUAGAGUGAAGAUAUUUUAAAGUUAGAGUGAAGAUGUUUUAAAGCUAGGACUGCAGAUGGAAAGUAAUUAUUUUAACUAAUUCUGGCAUAUUGGUUACAUGGUGUUUUUACAAAACAAUGUUCAUAAAUAUGCAUGGUCCCUAUCAAAUAAACCAAUAAAAUAAAAAUACAGCAAGGUGGCCUUUCUGCUGGGCCUGUCGCAUCUCCAACAGUGCCUGUGGUGCACUGUGCAUGGCAAGGGUGUAUCCUCUUCCCUGAGGCAGGCCUAAACCUGACCACAUACCACAAGGUUUUGCUGCAGGGUCUUCAGCUCGGGACCACCGCUCAUUGACGUUUGACCCUUUAACCCAGAACAUCUUCUGGUGGCGGGGCAGUGAACAGGGACGUCUCCCUGACACCCCCUGCAGCAAAACCUAAUGGGAUGUUAUUCCCCGAGCCUUGUCUCGUCGUUUCAGCCAGAGCCAGUGGCUUGCUUUCUGAGCUUCCUCAGGGAGCUCUUUGGUGGAUCUGCUCAGUGUGGCUCCACGUAGUCCCAGGUCCUUGAGCAGGCGUGAUGUUGAUCUGCCCACAAAGCCUCUGGCUCCCACCUCCACCAGGAAGACGUUUCAAGGGACCGUCAGUCGCUUCAUGACGGGUUCUGGGAAGAGCAUGGUGGCGUACCGGCGGCCAGACGGCAGUCUGGUCUACAUCGCUCCAGAACCCAAAGAGGAGGAGGAGCCUCUUUUCAAAGCAAUCCGUGUCGGUGAUGUGAACACAGUGAAAGAGUUGACGAUGCGUCCGGGAACAAACCUGAUGACACCGAGUAAACCUGGCUGGCUCGCCAUACACCAGGCGGCGUGGUACGGUCAGGACACAUGUCUGAGAGUCCUGCUGUCAGCUCAGCGCGGGAUGAUCAACAAGCGGUCAGACCUUGGCGAGACGCCACUGUUCGUCGCCGUCAGCAACAAGCAGCUGGGAUGCGUUCAGGUGCUGCUGGAAUCCGCAGCAGACGUCAACAUCCAAAACUGCGAAAAAGAGACGCCGCUGUUCAGAGCGUGUGAGCAGAACAGCGCUGCCAUGGUGGCGGCGCUGCUGAACCACGGCGCGCUGGUGAACACUUCCUGUACGUCUCUUGGCUGCACGGCGCUGCAUGAAGCGGCCUGUCGGAACAACGUGGAGAUCUGUGAAAUGUUGCUGAAGGCCGGAGCCAAACUCGAGCUCACCAACAUCUACGGCAUCUCAGCGCUGUUCAAUGCCGCACAGAGCGGGCAGCCCACCACGCUGCGCUUCCUGCUCACACACGGUGCAGACAUUAACAGUCAAGCUGCAGAUGGAGCCACUCCUCUGUAUGAAGCGACUAAAAACAGACACCAAGAAGUCGUGGAGCUGCUGCUCUCUCACAACGCUGACCCGAACAAACCCGGGAAGAGCGGCAUGUUACCGCUUCACAUCGCCGCCCAGACAGGAAAUGACACCAUCGUCUCCAUGUUGGUCCCCGUCACCAGUAAAACCGCAGUGCGGCGGAGCGGCAUCAGCCCGCUGCACCUUGCUGCCGAGCGUAACCGUGAUGAGGUCCUGGAGGAUCUGAUUGCGGCGGGCUUCGACGUCAACGCCCAGCUGUCCGAAGAGCGCUCGAAGCUCUACGAGGACCGGCGCAGCUCGGUGCUCUACUUCUCCGUCAGCAACAACAACGUGGACACCGUGCGUUUGCUGCUGGCAGCCGGGGCCGACCCCAACCGUGACAUGUUCCGGCCGCUGAUGGUGGCGGCGCGGAUGGGCAGCAUGGAGAUGGUGGAGCUGCUGGUAGAGCACGGUGCCGAUAUCAACGCCCCAGUGCCCACGCACCCCACCACGUUCCCCGCAGUCUACAUGUUCUCCAUGAAGUUCCUGCCCAUGUUCAAGUUCCUGCUGGACCACGGAGGCCACGCCCAGUCCUGCUUCAGCUGCGUCUACGGCGCCUGCACACAUCCUCCAAUCAGAACCAAGCACUCGGACUCGGACCUGGGAUACAGCGACGGUGUGCCGCAGCAGACAGUGGGCGUUCAGUUCUGCGAGAUGAUCUCAGCUCCGAGUAUCUGCCGUUGGGCGGGGCCAAUCAUUGACGUCCUGUUGGACUAUGUUGGUCAUGUGACGCUCUGCUCCAGACUGCUGGAACACCUGGACAGCUUCUCCGACUGGAGCGGCAUCAAGGACAAAGCAGCGCCUCCGCGGCCACUGCUGCAACUCUGCCGGGUGCAGGUUCUCCAGCUGGUUGGACGUCGGCGUUUGAAGAAGCUGCCGCUGCCCGUAGGUUUGAUCCGCUUCCUGCAGCACCAGGAACGAUGUGUGCAUGACUGCUGAGAGAAACCCUGAUGCUUCUACACUUCAUCCAGCUCACUGAAGGCAGGGCACUCGUUGUUAUUUAUUAUUAUUGAUAGUUUGAUCUGCAGACAUUUUACAAAUGGUGAAAACAUGACCAGCGAACGUUUCUUUAACCUCAACAAUGGUGCAUUUAACACAGCUGUGUGUGCAAGCCAGACAGACCCUUGAGUCUCUGAGGUGGAGUCCACAUAUUUAGCAUUCAGAUCUUCUUUAGUUUGGGCCUUGUUGUCUGAAGUUUUAAAGCCAAAAAUUCUGAUGAAUGGCACAUCAGCUGCUGGAGCGUCGACAUGUUUGCUUCCUCUCUCCCAGCAGAUGUGUUAUGUGUUAGGUGUUAGGCCGGUUACACACUGGCUGCAUGGCAUGAGCGUGGCGUUUCUGUUGCGUGUCAGCUGUGUGAAUUUUUCUGU